CUCGCGCGGGCAGCGGGGCGCGGGAGCACGUUGCUGGUGGGCGCGGCUGGCGAGCCGCGGCGGUGAGAGAGAGUGGCUCGGCCGCGGGUGGGUGGCGGGUAACCCAGCGGAAAGGUUGCCCUUCGCCGUGAGCGGCAGCCGGACUUUGGCGAGUUUCUAUAGAAGCUGCAACCAUCUCCAUCCUUCAAAAUGCAGUGGCACAUACUACAGACUGCGUCUUGGCUGACACACAGGAUAUGCCUGGAGUCACAGACACCUGGGCUGUUUGGACACUGUCAGCACAUGAAGCGAUCAUUGUUUUUGCACUAUGCCAAGUCCAAAGCGGUUUGGGCACAAAGCCCUCAAGAGCGGUUGCUGCACUUACCUGUAGCCCAGUACCCAGCAGACGAACGAAAAAAGUCAUCAGCCACACAGCCUUUAAAGUCCAGGAUCCUUUACUACAAACAGUGGGUGUGGGAUGUUUCAUCUACCAGGGGCUUAUCAUCCAGCACCACUCAGGGAACACCUUCAGAAAAAAAGGAAGAGCCUGAUCCUUUACAAGACAAAUCGAUUAGUCUUUAUCAGCGAUUUAAGAAGACAUUUCGACAAUAUGGGAAGGUUUUGAUUCCUGUACAUCUAGUAACUUCUGGUGUUUGGUUUGGAACUUUUUAUUAUGCAGCCAUAAAAGGAGUGAAUGUCAUUCCUUUUCUAGAGCUCAUUGGGUUACCUGAUAGUGUUGUGAACAUCCUGAAAAACUCCCAGAGUGGAAAUGCCCUGACAGCCUAUGCAAUGUUCAAGAUUGCAACACCUGCUCGAUACACGGUGACCUUGGGAGGAACAUCUUUCAUGGUGAAGUAUCUGCGUGGUCGUGGCUACAUGUCAACCCCACCACCAGUCAAGGAGUAUCUGCAGGACAGGAUGGAAGAGACCAAGGAGCUCAUCACAGAGAAGAUGGAAGAAACCAAGGACAGACUCACAGAAAAGUUGCAAGAAACCAAAGAAAAAGUUUCCUUUAAGAAAAAAGUGGAAUAGGGUGCCUUAUAUAACACAACUUACAGGCAUUUCCUGUGUUUAACCUUCUGGCAACUUUGGGCAUAAAUACAUAUUUCUGAUGAAUUUUUUUUGGUUAAUUGCCCAAAAAAUACCAGUUCUUUGAGGGUUAAAGACCUAGAAUGCCUUUUUAAAGUUAAAUAUAGAGGCUGGGGAGAUGGCUCAGUAGAAUAAGUGCUUCCCUGGUGAGCGCAAGG